GGUCUUGUGCAAGGAGAUGCUAGAACACACUGGUCACUUCAUGACCUUGCGCAAGCGGUAGUCAUUCUUAGUCACACUCAUGCUCUCUGUUCAUUUGUUCACGCGGCAGGUGUUGUCCAUCCUAAUAUACCAUUUGGGCCACCUCGUACUGAUACCUUGGACUGGGCUCUGAGAAAUAAGGAGAAUAGUGGGUCACAAACUGGAGAGGUGGAAGAACUUCUUCGUCGUAUGGCUAGUCUCAAGAGGCCAACAAACGAUGGAACAGAGGUGGCAGCGAAUAAUGCCUUAUAUUUUCUUGCCUUAGCUGAUGGAUCAUCAGGUUUGUUGCUUUGA